ACUUAUGAAUCCAGACAAAGAGCUAGGUCUGAGAACAGUUAUGUUCUGUUUCCUCCACCUCUCAUUACUGGACAUCAGGGCAGACCUCGAUACAGCAUUUCAGGAGAGCAAAUUUCUCAUUUGGUAUCCCUGGGAAUGAAUUGGCAACGCAUUGCAAUGUGCUUAGGCAUAAGCUCUCGGACUCUGUACAGGCACAGACAGCAGCUGGGUGUUCAGCCACUUGUGUAUGCAACACUAUCAAAUGAUAACCUGAACAGAAUAGUUGGUGAAAUUCUUCAGUCUACAACAAAUGCAGGUGAACGAUAUGUGCAUGGGAGUCUGAGGUCACGUGAGCUACGCAUUCAAAGAUGGCGUGUCAGACAGAGUCUACAAGAACUCGAUCCUAUUGGACGGUCGUUCAGAAGACGGCGUACAAUUCGUAGAAGAAUUUACAGUGUUGCAACUUCAAAUCAAUUAUGGCACAUAGACGGAAACCACAAACUUGUGAGAUGGAGGAUGGUGUUCCAUGGCUGUGUGGAUGGUUUCAGUCGUACCAUCAUCUACCUUGCUUGUUUAGACAACAACAGAGCCUCUAGUGUUUUGUCACUAUUCAUUGCUGGUGUUCAGAACUUCGGAACACCAUCUAGGGUGAGGUGUGAUCAUGGACUUGAAAACACUGGUGUUGCCCGUUUCAUGCUUUACAGGAGAGGUUUAAACAGACAAAGUGUUAUUACUGGCAGGUCAGUGCACAAUCAAAGAAUUGAGAGGUUAUGGGCAGAGCUAAAUCGAGUAGUAUCAUUUCAGUUUGUCAAUCUUUUCAAUUUUAUGGAGGAGCAUGGAGUGUUAGAUUCACUAAACGAGCUUCACUUAUUUUGCCUUCAUUAUAUUUAUUUGCCACGAAUACAAAGAAGUGCUGCUGAAUUUCAGAACCAGUGGAAUAACCAUGGUCUAUCAACACAAGGGGGGCAAACUCCUCUUCAGCUUUGGCAAAGGGGCAUAGUCAACAAUACAGGAAUUCAUAACCCAAGUAUGAAUGGCAUUUAUGACACAGAGCGUGGUUUUGGAAUUGAUGACAGUGUAACACUCUCAGACUUACAUACAAAUAAUAAUGUUGUUGUUCCAUCAAUUAACAUUACCAUCAGUGAUACAACAAUGCUUACACUUCAGCAGAAUUUUGAUCCAUUUGAAGAUGAUGGAAAUCAUGGCAUAUAUUUGUUUUGCAACCUUGUGCAAUUUCUAGAAGAAAGGCAUUUCUAAAAUCAUUUGUUUAUAGUUUCAGUUUUCUCCCAUUUAAUGGAUAUUUGCUGUUUAUGGGAUAAGAUCUUUAUCAAUGUGGUUAAGUGAGCUGAAAGCUCCAUGUUAACAUUUUACACCCAUGUGUCUUUAAAUGUUGUUCUUUAAAAAAUCUACUUUUGAAAAGUA